CACGUCGAUGUUGCUAAACUUAUCUUGGAAGUUGCUCCAAAUUGCUCUUUUGGGGGUAGGAACAACAUGAAUGUCUUACACACAGCUGUUGUUCGGUCACAGGAUGAAAUUGUCAGAUUAUCCUCCUAUUUGGUGACGCUUCAGAGUCCUAUGAAUUACAUUACAAAUAUGUCAUUCAAGCAUUAUGCCAAGUUCUCUUCCUUUUGACCCUCCACCAUCUUUCAGGCUGCCAUAGCUAAAUCCAAGUACAAAGAUUUCAUUGAAUUCUUGAUGGGAAAAUGUCACUCUACACUCUCUGAAAUCGACGAGUACGGAUGGACUCCUCUGCACUAUGCAGUACACUUUGGUGCAGUGGACAUUUUCCAGCUGUUUUUGAUUGAUUCUUCAACUGCUUAUAUUAGAGAUAAUGAAGGCAUGUCUGUCAUUCACAUUGCUGCCAGAGAAGGUGAAGUAGUCAUAUUGGAAAUGCUUGCAUACCGUUUUCCCGAAAUUUGGGAUUUACAAGAUAAUAACGGCCAAACAGCUCUUCACCUUGCUGUUGCUAGAGGAAAGCUUGAUUCUGUCAAGUUUAUUCUUGACUUCGUUCUUUCUCAUGAUGGCCUUAUAAAUCAGCAAGAUAAUGAAGGUAACACAGCUUUGCAUCUCAAAACAAUUCAAAGACAUGAUCACAAAAUCUUUGAAUUGCUGAUGAAAGAUAGUAGGGUAGACAAGACGGCCACAAACAUGGAGGGUCUCACUGUUAUCGACAUUCUCCUGUUGAAUAAGGAGUUCGGCUACUACGAAAAGUUGCCGGAUAGAUUGAUGGAAAUGAACGAGAUUAGUACGGCAUGUUAAACUUUGUGGAAACAUAUGUGGAGAUCAUGAGUUAGCUACAUAUGAACCAGAAUAAAUGACAAACAGGAAAGGUAUUUCUAAACUUGAAAUGUGACUUCAAUGUAUUUGAGAUACUUACAGACUUGGAUUACAUUGAGUGUUGCAAAAAAUGGUGGUCUUGAAAGUUUGGAACAAACAAUAAACAAGAACAGUAGAAAAGUAAAAUCAAUUGAGGCAAGAAUACUAGAACAGCCACAACAAUCAGAGGGAAAAGAUUCUGCAAGGGACAGACGAGUAGAAGGCCAACGACAAGUUGCAAAUAGGAAACCGGGGCCUGCAGGAAUAAGAAAGCCUACUUAUGACCAACUCCGGUAUAUAUCCAGCACAACUUGCUGGUAACAACACUCAUCGCCACUGUCUCCUUUGCAGCAGGUUUCACCAUGCCUGGUGGCCACAAAAGUGAUGGCCCAGACGAGGGUACGGCAAUGCUAAGCAGGAAAACUGCAUUCAGGGUAUUUGUGAUAGCAAAUGCCUUAAGCCUUUUGCUUCUCCACCACAUCAAUGUUUGUCCAUUAUUGCAAGUCAUUUGUGGAAAAGCUUGAUGCCGUCGCAUUCUACACAUAUAUCACCGCAUCAUUAACAAGUUAUGGUAUUACUGCAA